UCCAAAAACGCUAUUUCGGUUGCGACGGAAGAUUUCCGCUGCCACACGCAUCCGUCUGUGUGUGUUGACGCCUCUUCACCGAGGACUGUUUUACCAACAGAGCCCGGCAUGAGGCUGUGUUUGCGGCCAGGCUUCUGCUGAGAGACGGGGCUGAUCCCUCACUAAAGGGCCGUGACGAAGAGCCAGAAUUAAAACCCGUUAGUGACACACAUCGGUUUAAUAUUUGCUCUCGAUCUAGAGUCGGUCAAAUAUCUUCUGGAUAAAAUGUCAGCACAGGCGGUGUUGUAGCUUGUAGCACGUUAGCUCCCGCAGCUAAGUUGGGUAAAGUUGGCGCAGCUAGCGGUUAGCUAACUGUGAUUGCACACAACAGUGCAGAAGAGUCAUGCACCAGUCUGUCUUCUUUUCUUUAACCCAUACAAGUCAUGGUGUUAUUUAAACAGCUUUAAUCUAGAACCAUCCCUCAAAGUUGUGUCUUCAUCCAGUUGUUAUAUGCAAAUUAGAAGCAACUCGUGAAACCAGCUUGACUCGCGAACGAGGAGCUGUGUUGUUUCCAACGUGAUGAAGAUAAGUAAUUGUCAUUGGGAGUGGAUGUGAUGGAGACGCAGCUCAGAGGGCAGCUAGCUCCGAGACAUCCCCAGGCAAACACUCAUCGUCCCUCAGACCAGCUAUUGGCCGCACGUGAGGCACUUUCCCUCUCCAUGUCUAGGGUUAACGUGUGGGAAAAAGGAUCCACCCUCCUCUUACUGCAGCUACUGAUACAAGACAACCACACAAUGAUUUUCACAAGCAAGUUAUUCAUGCAUCAACUGCUACCAUUUAUUUUACUGGUGGAUCCUUCAGCCAAGUCGCAAAGGUCUGCAAAGCCACGAGUCUUCAGAUGUUCCAACACGACACCUUCAGGAGACAUAAAAUAAUGCUUCAUCAUCCACAUAUACUUGUUGUUUUUGUUUAAAUUAUUAAUAUUGUUUACACUUACAUUUUUCUUAAUAAAAUACUUUAAGUUAUUGCUUUGAAAUUGGCAGAUAUGCUGGUAAACUGAAGGUAAAACUAGAUUCCAUUUAUAAUGACAUUUCUUACUGCAUAGUUGUCAAGGGUCCAUGAAAUCAGUACAUUUUCUGAUUGAAUAUAGACAGGAGUCAUUGGAAGGGUUAUGUACAAUUUGCAGAAACAUAAAUUGUAGUUGUCUCAAUAUGUUUUUUUCACCGAAUAGUCUGUCAUCACUGUAACACAGCAGAAUUGACAAAUGCUAGACUGUAAUUGCUUUCUGUGCGCAUCUGUAAAGCCUGUUUCAGAUUGUGGCAUUCUGGAUCCUUUAACGUGGGAAUUGGGCUGUGAAAAGUUAAAUAUUUAUCUAUUUUUUAAAAGCAUGGGAACCCAAGACAAAACAAUUACCUAAUCUACUUGAUAGAUAUAGUUUGUAUUUUGAAGUGUGUAUGCAUUUAAGAAUGCAACUUCUUAAUAUUUUUUCAAAUCUACUGGUCAUAUUUCUAUAAAAUGCAAUGAUUUGACAUCCUAAUUAAAAUUGUAGGUCGGCUCCAUCUUAAGACAUGUGCUAAAUCCAGGAACAUGAACACAAAGGUUUUCUUAGACCUAUAAACAUUUAUUAAUUUAUAUAGAUACAAAAAAUGAAAAUGAAAUAAAGCUUUCCUCAUUUAACACAAUGAGAUCAUCGCUGGCUUCACCCCAGGCAGAGAGUUCUGUCAGUGUAUUCAUGUCCCAGUAUAUACAAACACAUCGCAGUAGGAUUAAGCUCUGAUUUAGUGGCUGUAGUGUGGAACAGCCUCGGCCUGCAACUUCCCAAAGUGUUCAGCUCCUCCCCUUCCCCUCAAGUCUCAAAUUUCCUCACUUCCUCUUUCCCCCCUUUAGCAUUCUCUUCCCGUUAUCUUUCACACUCCUCCUCUGCCUUACAACAAAAACAAGACACACCGUAUAUAGUUUUAUUGGCAAUGGAGGGCCCUGAGCCAACAACUAGAGCGACAGCAACAGCACAAGAUGGGAACCAUGAGGCGGACCAGCAGCUGCUGAUGACCAGCAAACCUCUGCAUAGAUUCAUCCAGAAGGAGCCCAAGGUUCUUGGGAUUGUCGUUCUGAUCUGUGGCUGUGCAGAGCUCCUGAUGGGAUUUCAACUGGCGUCUGAAAGUGUGCAAAACUCUUGUGCAAUCUACAUCCCCUUCUGGCAGGGAAUACUGUUUCUUGUCUGUGGAGAACUGUCUAUCUACACCGAGAUACAUCCAUCCAAGAAGAUGGUGACUGUGUGUUUGGCCAUGUAUGUGGUUUCCAUCUUAGGGGCCGUAAUCUCCAUUGGUUUCAGGAUCUACUACUUAUCCUCCCUAAGCUACCUUAAAUACAUGACAAGACACGCAGAUGACAAGGACUGGGCCAGAGGCAGAAUUGAACAGCUGUUUGGUGUUGAAGGCUUGCUGUUCACGUCCUCUCUGUGUGUGGCAGGCAUCCUCAUCUUCUUGUCUUCUGUCGCACGUUUAGCACUGAAAUCCACAAACACGCAGGUUAUUGUCAGGUGCAUCCCGGCGCCAGCACAGAGUGACGCAACACCGAACUAAGAUCAGUCUUUUCCAAUCAUUAGUCUACUAAUAUUUCAUAUUGUUUUCCUGCAGUUCACGUAAACAUAUCACAAUUCUCUAAAAUAUAUAUCAUGUGAAUGAUACACCACCUAGUGGCUUAUAUUGUACGGUACAUUACAACUUGACAGUAUGUGUAACAGUGUAUGGUGUUAGCACAGAUGUCUGACAAAAAAGAAAUCCAUUACGAAAUCACAGUUGCUUUUUGUAAAACUUUUUUUGAAUGCACACAUUAAGGGGACCACAGUUACUAAUAUAUUAAGGGAGGCAUAAGUGUACUUACUGUAUAAACACUUAACGUUACUACAUUAACCACACUGCACAUUAGACUUUGAAUCAAAGCCUGCAAGUUAACACUCUUACACAAUGUUAUAUCACUAUCACCUCAUGUUAUAGUGAUGGGUUUAAAGGGAAGACAUAUAUUUACAUGGAGUAAGUAGGUGUUAGUACCUUUUGUGUUUGCUCCACAAUCACAUGAAAUCCAACAACGAAGGUUUUUAAUCUAAACAUAUCCACCCAGUAAGAGUUUCAACAAUGUAUUGUGGACACUUUGAUAUUUCUGAUCAGCUGCAUCAUUAAUACAGUAUUUUUGGUGUUUGGGCCGACUCUGAUUUAAACAUCCUCUGUGCAAUCCCCUUAUGUACAUUUAGCCCAAAGACAAAUAAUAUAGAAUCAUAAUUAAAACAGUAUUUGGUAUAUUGGAAUAGAUUUAGGUUAGAAUCUGCUUGCAGAUUGUUCAUGAUCACUGUUAGCAUAUUCCUAGCUUAGCAUUUGAUGUAUAUGUUUAUAUAGUUCAAAUGUUCGACAUGACUGUGAUAUAAUGAGCCUGGAAACCUGUUUACAUCUUUUAAUCUUCGAAUGUCUACAGAACAGAUUUGGGCGGGGGUCACCUUUCAAGUAGCUUAAGCUCUUAACUAUAUUUGAUGCAAUAAAUGUGAUGUUUGUUGUUUGUUUAAUACAGAAUAAAGAAAAAAUGAUGCUCA